AUGGCCUUCGCUCUACGCUCGUUCCUGCUCCUCUGUGCGAUCUGUGGACUUUUUACUAACGUCUCGUCAGUUGAGAAGAAACCAGUGAAAGAUAAUAACUGUCCCAAAGGAUGGACUCGCUUGGACUGUCACUGUUACAUCUACCAACCUGAUGCUAGGAUGCUUGCAGAUGCAGAGAGUGUCUGCAAUAUUCUUGGUGGAAAUGUAGUUUCCAUCCACAGUUCCCUGGAAAAUGCGCUUGUUCUGGAACUGUUCGAAGAGGGUAGAGAUGAGGAUGACAGUGCUCUCUGGAUUGGACUCCAUGAUACAAUUAAUAACGAUGAAUUCCUAUGGCUGGAUGGCUCAGACUUUGAUUUCAACGGAUUUGGUGACCCGGAGGAUGAUGCCCCGACUAGUGGUUGUGUAUCGUUGGCUCAGGAUGAUGGAGAGUGGGACACGGAGGAGUGCUCAACGGAAUAUCCAUAUAUUUGCAUCACUGAAGUUCUGACUCACUCACACUAA